AGAAAAAAAAUUGUUUUUUUUUUCUCUUUACUGUGUUCCGUUUUCGAGUUGAAUAUUUAUUUCGGCUGGAAUCGGCAAAUGUUAAUCAUGCCUCCGUACACGUUUCUCAUUUGUUUUGUUGUGGUGAUAAUUUUACAAGAAAACGAUGGCUGCUUUAUGGAGUCCAAGAAUCACGCGAUACACUGGCAGAAGGGCACGCCUUUCUACGCAGAAUGUGUUUGCGGGAUGCCCGGAUACAACGCGAAGCACAUAAAGUGGCUGGACAGCCACAAUCAGGAAAUCGAUGUACUACGCCUAGGUACAGAUCAGAAGGCUUACACGGAGCGGGAUAAUGACCAAGUGAAAUUAUACAUACCAAAUGUGACAAACGCCGUUUCCGGCCUAUACAGAUGUGUGACAAACUUUGAGGGACAAGAUUAUUCGCAUAACUACUAUAUUGAAGCAUAUGAACCAGUCACGAUUAAUCCUCCUGAAGAACAGUUCGUAUUACUCGGGAAUAGAUCAUUAGUGAAAUGCAAAGUACACGCGGAAGAUAUGUCCAAAAUUUUAGUAAGCUGGACCAAAAUAGAAGAGGAUGAAACACGAACAGAACUAACGAACAGUGCUAAGUAUGACAUCACUGACGACGGCCUAUAUAUAAAUGACGUAACAAACGAAGACAAAGGCAAGUAUACUUGCUCUGCUUAUGACAAAAAAAACCUGGAUGAAGUGGACAAGGAUAUUAACGUUAAGAUAAUAACAAAACCGAGGAUAAAGGAAGUGAGAGUAACAUCUGAACCUGAACCUCCGUUAGUUGCCGGUAUAAGUAGGCUAGUCAUGAAAUGUAUCGCAGAGGGCAUUCCACAGCUUGAAUACAUAUGGAGGAGAACUGACACGGGCGAUGUGGAUAAUCCGAGAUGGAAGAAAGAAGCCAAUGCUAUCAUGAUUGAACCCGUGUUAGCAGAAGACCAAGGCCAGUACGAGUGUGUGGCACAGAGUAUGGCCGGAGUAGCCACUAAAUCUGUGGAUAUAGAGGUCUUCUUACCUCCUAAUAUUACGUCUUUUCCAAGUAUCACAGAAAGUGAAGGUACUACUGUACAAUUAGUUUGUAAUGCUAAUGGUCGACCAGCUCCGAAUAUUUCUAUCAUAUUUUUCAAGACUGACGGUGAUGAUGAUGUCCAAGAGAUUGCUGAAGACGAAAUUAUUGAAAAUUUAUCAUUCAUUAGGCUGGAUAAAUCUCGUGAAGGAAUUUAUAUUUGCAACGCAAGUAAUGAAGUAAAUUAUACAACGGAAGAGAUGUACGUAACAGUUUUUUAUAAGCCUCACUAUGAAUUAAAAGAAGAGACUAUCUGGGGUUGGGACGGGCAUUUCGCUAACUUGUCUUGUGAAGUUGACAGCAACCCGAUAGCAACAAUUAGAUGGGGAUUUACCGCAGAUUAUCCCCGGACGCAUCCGCAGAUCGAUCCAGACGAUUACAUGACGAAAACUUUGUCCGUUACGCUGGCCAAAUAUUUGCCUGUAAACGUAUCCGAAGAGGCUCACUCUCUUUACGGUUGGUACGAAUGCAACGCUACCAAUCAUUUAGGACUGUCCACUAAGAAGAUACACUUCCAGGAAGGACAUGUACCACCACCAAUUAAAAACGCUACUGUAGUUACUGUUACUGCAACAUCAGCCACCUUCUACAUUGAAGAGCCUGGAUACUUUCAAGGCCCGUCCGUUCACGGUUACAUAGGGGAGUACGACAUGCGAGAAACCUUCAACAUCACCAAUAUCCAUAUGAAUAGAAGUUGGUCCGUCGACCGUCCGUUUACAAUAGACCGUUUGAAACCUAACACAAGCUAUUUGGUCAGAUUCGCUGCUGUCAACCAAGUGGGUUACAGCGAAUGGUGUGAAUACAUGGAGUUUGAAACUCUUGAACCGUCAGCACCAGGUAUACCAAUAUGGAAAAUAAGCCUAGAUGUUUUAUCAGGUGAAAUUGUAAAUGUAACAGAUACAAAUCAGGCAUUAUCGUGGAAAAUGUCAGAUAGCGAGGACGCUCCUGUAGAUUAUUAUAAGCUUAGGUAUUGUCCGAUUAAUGAAGAAAAUCCCUGCAAAGAGCAAAAAGUCGAACCAAAUGCAGAACUAAAAACUGAUUUCAGUAUUCUAGAUCAUAAUACAACGUAUUUUAUAGAAUUAGUAGCGCACAAUAAUGUCGGUGAUUCUACGCCAGCAAAUAUCACCAUUACAACACCAGCACAAGUAGCAGGCCCUGUGCAUCGACUAUCAGCGGGUGCCUUAAUAGGCAUAUCAAUAGUUGUAGUAUUCAUAUGCUUGGUAGUAGUAGAUGUACUAUUACUGUUGUGGAAGCGACAGGGAAUGAUAGCAAACUGCUGUUGCAGAAAGAAGAAGAGAAUUAAAAAGCUAGAAGACAAAUUACAAACACGCGACAAAAAAGGCCUUUUGAAAGACAGCCGCGACGCCGCUGAAAGGAGCCCUAACAAUAGGCCCAAAGAGUAUGAAUACAAUAAGACGACGGGCGUAAUCACAGGGAAACAUUCGGCCGUUUAAAUCAUGGUGAAUGCUGAAAUUUCAGGAUACAAUUCUGUGUAGGAUGUGGGAUCCUUAUAAAUAUAAAAGUAGUUAUGGUAACUUUUAUAGAUUUUCAGGAGAUUCGCAUAUAGACGCCGCGAUGAUAU